ACAUGUAAUGCAUUGGUGCAUGGAGCAGUGCCCAGGAGGCGCUAUCACAUUUAAUGAACCCAACACAGUGGGAGAAACUCUAUGUACGGUAAAGUAAUUAUCGGACCCCUCACACAGGGUACCAGAAAGCCCAUUCAUGUAGCUGAUAUUACUGCAAUACAACAAUGUACCAUGUACUCUAUCGCCUUCGGUGAGAGUAUCCCCCUGUUGCUGUUGCAGUUGACCCUUAUCAUCCUACCCCAAUGAUCCCACACUUCCUACAACAGCAUCCUCUUCUUGUCAUGUUGCAACCCUUAUCAUGAAACUCGCCGACGCCCAAAUCCCCCCCGGGACCGUUAAGAUUCUUUAUGGAACUGCUGGUAAGAUGCCAUGUUAUAUCAUGCAUGCUAAUGUAUCGCGUUGGUAGAUGGUACGUAUGUCUUAGUAUCCACCUCUAAAACGAGACCUCCGAGACCUUUACUAGUUCUGGCCAAGGGGACACUGCAAUCGGAACGUGGGUGUCCGAUCGAUCUGAAUCCUCUGUCGCGCGUUCCUGUCGGUUGAUUGGCAAACGCCUGCAGAGCACAUGGUGCGAAACGGCUAAGAACAGCGACUGAAUAAUAUCUCAUUUCCGACUCCUGCAGCAUCCCGAAUGCACAUUGUCCGGCCCGACUGCUCCCUGAAUAAUAUAUUCAACUUCGCAUAUCCUCUUCACAGUUUGCGCAAUGUUUCUUGUGAGAUGCAUAAGACUGAGGGUUUCGAUCGAGUGGAUUCUUCCUGGGAGACUGCCAUCCAAGAGAAAAAACUCUGGUUGUGGUUGACGGCGUUCACUACCACCUUCCCAACUCAGAACACUUGCAUCCAUGUGAUUGCGGCGUUUCUGCCACAUGGCUGUAGCAGCGACCCCCAUCUUACGUACAGGGUUUCUCUACAUAACGAUGCCACAAUACAUUUGAUAUUACCACAUGCCACUGGCCACAUGCGCCUAAUCAACCCCCAGCUGCUGCUACGCUUUUGUUUGUUGAUAGUUGAUCAUCGGUAA